GCGAAAUUGCCGCGGAAGUCUUGCUCUCCUGCUUCAGAUCCAGCGUAUAGACCUUCUGUCGGACACUCACUGCUGCCGGUCAAUUCCAUCCAGUCUUCAAAAUGGUCGUCCGUAUUCGCCUGGCCCGAUUCGGGAACAAGCACCAGCCAUUUUACAACAUUGUCGUUGCGCAGGCACGGAGUGCUCGUAACUCGAAGCCCUUGGAGGUCAUUGGCACUUACAACCCCGUCCCGCAACGCCCUACAAACCUCUCCGACGAGGAAGCCCGCAGCGCAAGACCAUACAAGGAAGUAUCACUUGAUCGGUCCCGAGCCAAGUAUUGGAUUGGUGUUGGAGCGCAGCCCAGUGAUGGUGUGUGGCGGUUACUGAGCCUGGCUGGCAUCGGCGAUGGCAGAACGAAGACACAGAACUAAGAUCUGUUUCGUUCAUACCCGAAUUUCUUGUAUUGAUUUAUGCAUCGUUAUCCGAUCUUUGUGUUGGUGGUUGAAGGGGAUGGCCUAUUUGACUCGAAAAAUUCUCGAGUGCUACGUUUUGGCAUUUUCCAUGGCGUUAUUGCGUGAACCUUUUUCUGAAAUAUAUCGGUUCGAUAACCGGACCUUUUACCUGUACAUUAUGUGAGCUGAUUGUGUUUAAUUAUGGCAUGAGAGAAUCGCAUCCGUCGAUUAUGGAUUGAUAACAAUAAAUUGGGAGGGCUAUGCUACGCCAUGAGCGAUUGAUCUUCCCUGUCCGUAUACAGGUUCAGACUGGGGCUCCUUGUUCAAUUUCGCAGAUUGCCGGCAGAACCUGUGGGCUAGAGUAUGCCUUGGGCCUAUCGGGGAUCGCGCACCGGCAUUGCAAGAUGAAAGACGGGAGGUAUAGGGAGCCGCUCAGUGGUCAAAGAUGUACGGAGUACAAUGCGCCGUAUCUCUAGGUAGCCUCUAAGUAGAUCGUCGACUUGCAGUUGGCGUGUUCACAAGUGUUUCUUUUCUCGGGUUUGCGGUGUUGAAGAACCACAGUGACUUUAUACACCCCCGAAUUUAAAGCCUUAUUGUCUUACAUAUCUUGAAAAUGAGAAAUCUACGCACUAGA